UAUGCCAAAUAACGAAGGGGGCGACAUCAUCUUGCAGGAGGGAAAACAGACCUCCGACGUAACACCGGAAGUUCUCAUACCAACGAAGAAGAAAAAAGUAAACUGCAACAUGGCGACUCCUAUGCACAGGAUAAUAGCCAGGAGGCAAGCGGAGGCAAACAAACAAAAUGUGCGUUGCCAGAAGUGUCUGGAGAUUGGACACUGGACCUACGAGUGCACGGGAAAGCGGAAAUAUGUGCAUAGACCGUCGAGGACCGUCGAGAUGAAAAAGAAAAUGAAGGAGAAUGAAAACAAACCCCUGAGCAUUACUGGACCAGGCAAUGACGGCUCCAGUGAGAAGAAAAUUAAAAAGAAGACUAAAGACGGAAGCGACAGCAGCAGUGACUCAGACGGCUCGUCUAGUGACUCAUCGUCCGACAGCAGCGACUCCUCCAGCUCCUCUUCGGAUGACAGCGACAGCAGCAGCAGCAGCGACGACGAUGAUGACGACAGCUCCUCCUCUUCCUCCUCCUCCUCCUCCUCUCCAUCCUCGGCCAGCUCCGACUCGGGGAGCAGUAGCGGUUCAGAUCAAGGACCUCCAAAGAAGAAGAAAAAGAAGAAAUGAAUAAAUAUGUUGGAUGAAUUGGAUUUUCUUGUUGUUUGUAUAUCCAUAAAUAGAUUUUAGUUGUCCGCUGUUUUUUUUUUUCUCACUCUAAUCCAUUUCUGUAUCCCAUUAGACAUAACACAUUUUGGGCUGUAAUACAUAGUACAGUUUUAGCAAAAAUUGAAAAGUCCAAAUUUAUUUGGUUGGCCAAUAAGUAAUGUUAUGCUUUAAAAAUAUACAAAAGAACAUGUUGAUGUGAUUUCUUUCUCACAUUUUUAAGUCCACGAAGGAUAUGAAUUUGAAGAAACUAAUGUCCUCAUUCAUGUUGAAUUUGUUAUUUUGUAUUAAAGAAUAUUUUUAGUCAGACUUACAUAAACAUAACUGUUAUUUAAUAGACCGUUGAGUGGUAGGCAUAAAGGUUUGUAAAAUUUAACAAUGGAUUGGAAAUUUGAGGGUGUGUUUGCUAUGAAAUCAAAGUUGUUUGUUUCACUUUAAAAUAAACUUGUUUUUAAGGCUCUUUUAAU